AUGGCAACCUCCCCGGCAGGCUUCAAAGGUCCUCUCAUUGUUACCGCUGACAUUGAAAUAAAAGAAGGACAUGCCGAUACUUUCGAGCAAGAAUUCCGCAAAGUACGCGAGUGCGCCAACUCGGACAAGGAACCCGGAUGCAUCGAGUUCCGCACCAGUCGUCACGGGAACAAGUUUUUCGCUUUCGAGCAGUAUGAAGACGUUGCAUCCCUCAAAGCGCACGGCGAGACCGACGUUUUCAAGGCUUUCGUGAGUGUCGUGAAGGAUUUCCAUGCCCGCCCCCCGGUUGUCCUGUUCUAUGAAGAGCUGAGCGAUGCGCCCAAGUCUUCAUACAAGGCCAGAAUUUAA